CGUGGUUGCAAGGCAGGAAGGAAGGCAGCCUCUGAGGGCAGAGGGAGAGAAGAAGGAGCUUCUUCUUUAGAGGGAGUGACGUCACCGCUAGGCCCGCCCCCUCCAUUGAGGGAGAAAGAAGAGAAGAAGCGACGGAAGCCGAGUGUCGUUUGGAGGAAAGAAGGAGGAAGGCUGGCUGGGUGAUGGAGGAGGGAAAUGAGGAUUCAGUGGAGCCAACUCUUGAAUGCAGUAAGGAAACCAAUCAUGUAGAAAGAAGAAAUCUUCUCAAGGUGAUGAUAUUGCUGAAUUCUUGACCUCACAGAUAAAAAAGGAAAAAAGAAGAGUCAAGUAUCUGUAUUGCAAUUAGACGCCUAUAUCACUGUUGGCAUGAAGGAGAAAGCCUCUAAAUGCCUGAAAUGUGGAAAGAGGUUUCCUCAAGGGAUUAUUUGCAGCAACAUGAAAGGACUCACACUAGGGAGAAGCCCUAUGAAUGCCUGGAAUGUGGCCAGAGCUUUACAUGUAGUUCAGGUCUACAUUCACAUCAAAGGACUCACGCUGGGGAGAAACCCUAUACAUGCCUGGAGUGUGGAAAGAGUUUCACUCAUAGGUCAAGUCUGUGUUCCCACCAAAGGACUCACACUGGGGAGAAACCAUAUACAUGCCUGGAGUGUGGACAGAGCUUCACUCAGAGUGGAAAUCUACGUAGACAUCAAAGGACUCACACUGGGGAGAAACCUUAUGAAUGUCUGGAGUGUGGACAGAGCUUCACUGAAAGUGGGAAUCUACGUUCACAUCAAAGGACUCACACUGGAGAGAAACCCUAUAACUGCUUGGAGUGUGGUCAGAGCUUCAGUCAGAGUACAAGUCUACGUUCACAUCAAAGGACUCAUACUGGGGAGAAACCCUAUGAAUGUUUGGAGUGUGGCAACAGCUUCACUCAUAGUUCAGAUGUACGUAAGCAUCAAAGGACUCACACUGGGGAGAAACCCUAUACAUGCCUGGAGUGUGGACAGAGCUUCAUGCGUAGUUCGGGUCUACGUUCACAUCAAAAGACUCACAGUGGAGAGAAACCCAAUAAAUGUCUGGAGUGCGGACAGAGCUUCACUCAUAGUUCAAAUCUACGUUCACAUCAAAGGACUCACACUGGGGAGAAACCUUAUGAAUGUCUGGAGUGUGAACAGAGCUUCACUCAGAUUUCAAAUCUACGUUCACAUCAAAGGACUCACACUGGAGAGAAACCCUAUAAAUGCCUUGAAUGUGGACAGAACUUCACUCGUAGUUCUGGUCUACUUUCACAUCAAAGGACUCACACUGGAGAAAAACCCUUCAUAUGCCCAGAGUGUGGACAGAGGUUCACUCAGAGUUCACAUCUAUAUUCACAUCAAAGGAGUCACACUGGGGAUAAACCCUAUACAUGCCUAGAAUGUGGACAGAGGUUCACUUAUAAUUCAGAUGUACGCAAACAUCAAAGGACUCACACUGGGGAGAAACCCUAUACAUGCCUGGAGUGUGGACAGAGUUUCACUCAUUGUUCAGGUCUACAUUCACAUCAAAGGGCUCACAUUGGGGAGAAACCCUAUACAUGCCUGGAGUGUGGGCAGAGUUUCACUCAUUGUUCAGGUCUACGUUCACAUGAAAAGACUCACACUGGGGAGAAACCCUAUAAAUGCCUGGAAUGUGGACAGAGCUUCACUCGUAGUUCAAAUCUACGUAGACAUCAAAAGACUCACACUGGGGAGAAACCCUAUAAAGACAUAGCAUAAAAUCAUAGAAUAAUAGAGUUGGAAGAGACCACAUGGGCCUUCUAAUCCAACCCUGCUGUGAUUUUAUAUGGUUCACAUGCUUUUAUGGAUUUAACCAAAAAAUGUUUUAAUAUUAAUGAUGUUUUAUACUGUUUUAAUAUUUGUAUUUUUUUAAGUUGUAUUGCAGUGCUUUUAA